CUGCCCGUCUGCUGUGUGUGUGUAUGUGUGUGUGUGUGUGUGAGCUCGGUGACAUCAACAAGACACGCAGAUCCGUGUUCUCUGGGGUGGGGGGGAUUGACAUUAACUCACACAUAAUCAGGACUCUAGGGACAUCGCAGAGCUCUUUUAGACAGCGGAGAAGAAGAGCGCGCCGCCGCUCAGGGAUCUGCUCUGCUCUGGUCUGGUGUAUAUCUCCAGCAGGUGUUACUGAACGAUCUCUCACGGACUGUCAGCAGGGUUCAUGAAACUUUGCUACGAUUUGCGAGCUGGGGCUGCCAUACACAAUGUUAAGGUAAAGCCUAAAGCAGCUGUGUUGAACAUGCUAAAGCGGCUGGACAAAAUAAGAUUCCGUGGUCCAAAGCGAGAUGACUUCCUGGAUUUACCCGAGUCCCCCACGGGUUCGGACACUGAAUGUAGUGAAGACAUGCUGCUGAGACCUCGACCUUCAAUACGAGACAAUGACGAGCAAAUAAACCCUGCUGGUUUGGGGUCCUUGUCUGUCAUGCAUGACCUGAGGAACGAAUCGGAACGUCUCAAUGAGGUCAAGGGUCAUUUGGAAAUUGCCUUACUGGAGAAACACUUCCUACAGGAGGAACUGCGGAAGCUACGAGAAGAAACCAAUGUGGAGACCCUAAAACAGGAGCUGGAGAAAGAACGCAGCAGAAGACUUGACCUGGAACAAAAGAUGAGUGAUGUGCUGAAGACCAGGUGUGAAGAUUCUCCACCUCAGCCUCCACGAAAACAGCAGCCACCGGCAGCUAACGGCACAGACAAACAGCAGAAGGAGACGGUGUGCUCUCGGCUGCAGAGCUGGCUCUAUGAUCGCUUUGGGGUUUAUAUCGAGGAUUUCCGCUUCCAGCCUGAGGAGAGCACGGUUGAGGCUGAGGAGCCACUAAGUGCUAAAAGAUUAACAGAAAAUAUGCGACGACUUAAACGGGGUGCCAGACCGGUGACAAAUUUCUUACGGAAUCUUUCCGCCUUAUCCAACUGGCACUCAGUUUAUACAUCAGCUAUUGCCUUCAUUAUUUAUAUGAAUGCAGCAUGGCAUGGCUGGGCUAUACCUUUGUUUCUAUUCUUAGCCAUUCUGAGGUUGUCAUUGAAUUACCUCAUAGCCAGAGGAUGGAGAAUUCAGUGGAGUAUUGUGCCUGAAGUUUCUGAACCUGUGGAACCUCCAAAGGAAGAUCUAACUGUGUCUGAAAAGUUUCAGUUAGUUCUGGAUGUUGCACAAAAAGCACAGAAUCUUUUCGGUAAGAUGGCAGAUGUUUUGGAGAAAAUCAAAAAUUUGUUCAUGUGGGUUCAGCCUGAGAUCACUCAGAAACUGUACAUCGCUCUGUGGGUGGCUUUCAUUUCCUCUUGCGUCCUGCCCUACAAGCUGAUGGGCUUCAUGAUCGGGCUUUACGCGGGCAUCAAGUUCUUUAUUAUAGACUUCCUGUUUAAGAGCUGCCCAAAACUCCGAGACAAAUACGACACUCCGUACAUCAUGUGGAACAGCCUGCCCACCGACCCUCAGCUGAAGGAACGCAGCAAUGCCACUGUGUCACGACGGCUGUCUGGGUGUGAGAAGAUCCAGCCGGUGGUGUCACGAAGCAGUUUAGCCACCAUCCCGGCCGGAGUGACCCGAGAAGAAGAGAGCAGCCGUUCACACAGCACAAAGAAAGGAGCAUUUCAUGAGAUCUUCAACCUGCCCGAGACUGAGAGACCUCUGCCCGUAUGUGAGAAUGGAUGGAGAUGCUGUCUGAUAAACAGAGACAGGAAGAUGCCGACUGACUACAUUCGCAAUGGGAUGCUCUACGUCACAGAGAACUACCUGUGUUUUGAGAGCUCCAGCUCAAGAUCAGGGUCUUCAAAGAAGAACAAAGUCAUCAAGCUGGAGGACAUCACAGAUAUCCAGAAGUACAAAGUUUUAUCAGUUCUUCCCGGGUCUGGAAUGGGCAUUUCUGUUGCCACCCCGUCAACACAGAAGCCACUGGUCUUUGGUGCCAUGAUACACCGAGACGAGGCCUUUGAGACGAUCUUUACCCAGUACAUGAAGAUCAUGACCACCACAUCCAACCCUGAGACGUAACUCACCCUUCAUCCUUCUGGAGGAUUUCUCAUUUGGUAAAAGACGAGACCAGUGUUUCCUGUCUGGUUAACUGUAAUGGGCCGUAAUUGUGGGCAUCUUAUGCGACUAGCAGGAGAUACAGCGAGUUGACAUUCCAGCGAGGUUCUGCAUCUCAAAGACUUUUCUGAGCUGAGGGAUGCGGACAGUUUCCUCGUCAUGCGACUGUGACCUCUUUGGCUUUUUAAAGAUGACUCGUGUUUUGUACUCGUCUCUCAGUGAUUCAGAUUUCAUGUCUGGUUUUAUUCUGGAAGAGGUUUGUAAAAAAGACGCCGAUCACACAGGAUGGUCUUUAAACACUUUAAACGCCGCAAGACAAAUCCGUAUUAAUCAGUAUUUUUGUUCAAAAGAAAAUCGACCACAUUUUAUUAGUUCGCUAGGUAAAACAAAUUAAAAUCUUAACUUAAGAUGUAUUUCUCUGAAACAAAAAAAAGUAUUUUGCUUCUCAAUUGCAUUUAGCUUUAAACAAAAUCGUGACGUUUUAUACUGGAAAACGACAAAAAUACUGAUUAAUAUAAAAUGCAAUUUUGCAGUAAUUGCAUUAUUAAGGUGUGUUCACACAUAUAGAGUUUUGCAGCAACAAACUGACAGGAAAUGUAUUCAUUUUUAAUCAGAGCUUGAGCAAUUUUCGGCAACGUAAAGGUACAGUUCAUGACUCGCGCACUAUAUUCGAUCGUGACCUUCGCAGCUCUCAAAUUUAAUUAAUGCUAGCUGUUUUUAUUCAGGUCAGUUCUAAAGAUACACUUUGUGGACUUUUGCCAACUUUCAUUGAAAAUGAAUGCAAAUAAAUUUUGUCACUGCAAAACCCUAUCAGUGCAAAUGGCCUUUAAAUCUGAUAAUCAAAGCCUUGUUUUCUUUUCUUUUUUCUUUUUUAACAUUUGUUUACAUUGUUGCUGUGUGCGCAAAACGUACACACAAACUCACUUAAAUCUCAUCUCUCAGCAAGAUGUGCGCCUUCAUGUGUUUUUAGCAGAAUAUCCUCCCAAAUGUAACUUUGGGAAAGUGUAGUUUCAAACGGUUUCAAAUGCCUUUCUUUUAAUCUGUAAUGUCAUAAUGUCAUAGCAGUUUCGCUAUAACAUCUACUGUUUCGCUUACAUUUGAAAACACUAGAUACGAAGAGCGUCAAACUCGGAAACCAACAUUUGGUUGCACUUUAUUUUGCAGUAGUAUGCUUACAGUGUACUAUAACUGUGUACUCGAGUACUGAAUAAUAUAAGGUAACUACUUGGAGUUAAUAUGAGUUAAAUUAAGGUUUAGGGUUAGAACCUAGUUAAUUAUAAUAAGUGCAUAAUAAAUACAUGGUGAACAGGACUGUAAAGUAAAGUGCUACUAAAGAUUUUUACCAAGUAUUUCAUGUACAGUAUGUCUGUCUUAGUGAUAAACACUAGUUACUUGUAAACGUUUUGUCACUUUAAACUGUUAGUAAAUUAAGUUAAAUUCAGUACAGAACAUCACGUAACACAUUCACAAAGCGACUCUGAACUAGCUUUACGUUCUUUCUAAAAAUCUUAAGGUGAAUCUCAUCGAGAAAUAUCCAAAUCAUAUUAUAUAUAUAUAUAUAUAUAUAUAUAUAUAUAUAUAUAUAUAUAUAUGAGAAUUUAGGAUAAUGAAAGUAUGUAUAUAUGCAAAGAGGUAAAUUAAAGGCAAAAUAUGACUUAAUGACUUAACCCUUUACGCUUAUCUUGAACAGACACUAGAAACUAAAACAUUUGAUGACUUCUAGUUUGAUUAACAUUGGGGGGAAAUGCUUGACUUGCAGUCAUAAAUUAUUUCUGAACAGCUUAUGUAUAAACUGUUGAAAAACAAGACAGCAAUGCGUCUUCUUAUUGGAUGUAGUGGUAAAUUCAAUACAAUGUAAUGCUGCGAUUCGCCAUUAGUUCCAUAUUGGAAUAUAAGAGAAAUCUAAAUGAAUCAGUUGUAUUUAUAGUGGGCCACCCUUUUGUGUGUUGCACAGAUACACUGUAACAUUAAGGAUGCAUUUAAAUAAGUAGCUGAAAAUGAACCUUCAUGUGUAUCUAAGACAUUCUACAGAUCACCAUUUUAAGAGAAAAUACUGUUCAUGCGGUCCUUUGUCUUCCCAUACAUCUGUAAGUUUACGCACACACACGAGGGACUGUUGAAUGUUGCUCAGCUCCCAAAGAUGAAUCUGUGUACUUUACCAAAGGCCAUUUAGAGCUUUUGGAAGUCUCCCUCCCUCCCGCACGCUGGCUGUUGUGUUGGAUUGCACUAACGAAGCAGAGAAUGAGUUUUGCCAAAUGUUGUUUCUUUAACUGCUCUUCUUUAACAUUGUCCGUCUCAAACUGAUGUUUACACAGGCUGGGUCUAAAUACAGUCCAGACCAGUUUGAUCCCUGCUCAACAGCCCAGCCCAGGGGUGUGAAAACUGGAAUAAGAUCAUUUCUGUGUCUUAGUGGUAACAUCUUAUGGUUUAGGGUAAAAAUGCUUUUAGAAAAUGUUUCCGCACUAAGAAAUUAAAAACAAAUACAUUCAUACAACACAUGAGUGAACAUUGCCAGGUCAUAUUUCAUUCAAAUGUAAAACAAAACAAAAAAAAAAAUAUUUUGUAGAUUGUGCAAAAAUCUCAAUUGUUAUCCAGUAAAGAUCUUGAAUUAUCUAUACAUUAUGGUUAUUGUUGUACUGCCUUAAAUUUAUGCUGAUUUUAAAAAAAUAAAUAAAAUAAAUUGGGAUAACUGUUGAUGACCAAAAUGACAGUAAAAAGUUCUGAUCUCAUGUGAGAAUAUUUGUGAUUUAUAUAUAUUGUUUUCUUUUUUCUUUUAAUUUGGUGGUGGAAUAUGACACAGACUUGUUCAUGAGGUUCACACACACACACACACACACACACAAUACCUAGAUGUUUUAAAACCAACAAAGUUACAGUCAAACGCUGUGUUGGGCUGCUGUUUAACUAAGCGUCAAAAGUCACUGUGUAUCUGGAGGUGCUCAAGUUGGCACUAGUUGAUAAAGUAUUUGUUAACUGUGUAAAUGUUUGCUAUUUUCAUUAUAUUUCCGCUGCAAAAUAACAUUUACAGAGUUCAUCUGACAGACGUGAAUUAUUCUUUUUAUUUAUGUCUUUUCUUUUCUUUUCUGACUGUCCGAAGACAAAUGAUUAAAAGGAAUUUAUAUACAGAAGUAGAGUAAUAUAAGAAAAGUUCUGCUCUGAUUUGAAUAGAACAAUGUAUAUUGUUAAAACAUAAUGUGUUGUACACUUUUUUUAAUUUAAAUAAAUUAAUGAAAUACA